AACUGCAUUUUGGAGCACAGCUAUAUCAGCCUUAGUCAAGGAACUGUGAAACUCAUCCUCAAGAGAAAAAAUUUUUAAAAAGAAAAUAAUCCUCUCAGAAAUCGAACGUGAAUACAUCAAAAAGAUAAUCGAUUUGACAAGAAAGAACUAAAUAUCGAUUAAUGAUUCGACAUUUAUCGAAUAUUAUUCAUCGCUAGUCUACUUCUGAUCUAUAUUCUAUGUUUAUGAAUGCAGAGGUAUUUCGCUGUGAUUUUGCUGUGGACCGAUAAUAAACGAAGUUUUUAUGUAGUCAUGACUUGCUAUUCAUCGUUCUAUGCACAAUUAUUUUUACGUUGAUCCUGCAUGCUGUGCACUGUGUACCAACGUACUGUCUAUCCGCAACACCUGCACCGUACUUUUUUGUUAUUUUUGCCAAAUAUCACAUUCAUAAUAAAAAUAUAAAAAAAACAUGGCUGCCUAUAUCAAUCGUACAAUGGUACAACCAACCAUGAUUGGAGGGGACAGCCAACUUCGAUCAGAUAUUAGAACAGAUAAUUCUCCUCUACAGAUCUUUGUUAAAGCAAAGAAAAGGAUAAAUGAUAUAUUUGUGGAUAUAGAAAAAUAUGUGGAAGAAACUGUGGAAUUUAUGACAUCGUUACAAAAUGAUCGAGAUAUUGUAACGGCGGAAGAAGCAAUAAAAGUUAAAGCUUACAUAGACAAAGUACGAGGCAUAAAAGAUGUUCUUAAAAGAGACCACAUGAAAGUUGCUUUUUUUGGCAGGACAAGUAAUGGGAAAAGUACUGUAAUUAAUGCCAUGUUACGUGAUAAAAUUUUACCAAGCGGUAUAGGACAUACUACAAACUGUUUCCUACAAGUUGAAGGUUCAGAUAAUGGAGAAUCAUAUCUUAUUACGGAAGGAUCCACUGAAAAACAACCAGUUCAAUCUGUUGGACAAUUAGGUCAUGCUCUUUGCAAAGAAAAAUUAAGUGAAAAUCAUUUAGUAAGAAUAUUUUGGCCAAAAGAAAAAUGUUUAUUAUUACGAGAUGAUGUAGUGUUUGUCGAUAGUCCAGGCGUAGAUGUAACUCCAAAUCUUGAUGAAUGGAUCGAUAAGCACUGCUUGGAUGCGGAUGUUUUUGUUUUAGUAGCAAAUGCUGAAUCUACUUUAAUGGUUACUGAAAAAAAUUUCUUUCAUAAAGUUUCAACAAGAUUAUCAAAACCAAAUAUAUUUAUUUUAAAUAAUCGAUGGGAUGCCUCGGCCUCUGAACCGGAAUUUUUUGAUCAACUGGUCAAAGAACAAAAAGAGGUGAGAGCACAACAUCAAGAACGUGCUAUUGACUUUUUAUCAAGGGAGUUAAAAGUUUAUAGUCCAAAAGAUGCUGAGGAACGUGUCUUUUUUAUUUCUGCAAAAGAAACUCUUCAAGCUCGUAUGCAAGAACAACGUGGGCAACCUGCUCAUAAUGGUGCGCUGGCAGAAGGUUUCCAAAAUCGAUAUUUUGAAUUUCAAGAUUUUGAAAGAAAAUUUGAAGAAUGUAUUUCAAAAUCUGCAGUAAAAACUAAAUUUGAACAACAUUCUCAACGUGGGAAACAUAUUGCAACUGAAAUACGUCAAGCAUUAGAUGAAAUAUUAAACCGAACACAACAAAUGCGAAGUGAACAAUUAAACAUCAAGAAAGAAGUUAAUGACAGGUUGAAUUUCACAGAACAACAGUUGAUGUUGUUAACUCAAGAAAUGAAGGAUAAAAUUCAUCAUAUGGUUGAAGAUGUAGAACAAAGGGUUUCUAAAGCUUUAAAUGAUGAAAUUCGACGAUUAGCUGUUCUAAUAGAUGAAUUUAGUGUUCCAUUUCAUCCUGAACCACUUGUUUUAAAUGUAUAUAAACGAGAACUUCAUACACACGUAGAAAAUGGCUUAGGAUCAAAUUUACGAGCCAGACUCAGUACUGCUUUAGCAUUAAACAUAGAAAAUUCUCAGCGAGAAAUGACCGAAAGAAUGUCCAGUUUACUGCCCGAAAACAAACGACAAAUGUCAUUUAAUAUUUUACCACGACGAGAACCAUUUGAAAUACUAUAUCGAUUAAAUUGCGAUAAUUUAUGCGCAGACUUCCAUGAGGAUCUCGAAUUUCGUUUUUCUUGGGGUUUUACAGCGAUAAUUAACAGAUUCGCAGGAAAACAAAGUCAUAGAAUAGCUAUUGCUAAUUAUCCGCAAGAGAUUCCACCAUCUAUUACAUCACCUGCAGAUAGUGUAGAUUCUCUUAGAUUUGUUUCAAAUACAUCAAAUUUUCCAUCAAAGUCUGACGAUUGGUCUUUAGCUACCCGUAUAGCAGUUGCUUCUAUAACAUCACAGGGUACAAUGGGUGGUCUUAUUAUUGCUGGUUUUAUGUUAAAAACAGUAGGUUGGAGGUUAAUUGCUGUAACUGGUGCUAUAUAUGGUGCUUUAUAUCUUUAUGAACGUCUAACAUGGACUAAUAAAGCAAAAGAACGUGAAUUUAAACGACAAUAUGUUGCACAUGCUACCAAGAAGCUACGAUUGAUCGUAGAUCUUACUUCCGCAAAUUGCAGUCAUCAAGUACAACAAGAGCUUUCUAGCACAUUUGCGCGGCUCUGUCAUUUGAUAGAUGAAACAACAUCUGAAAUGGAUACUGAACUUAAAACUAUAGCGAAUACUUUGGCAGUAUUGGAGAAAGCAGCAGCUAAAGCAAAACAUCUUCGAAACGAGGCCAACUUUUUGAUAAAUGAGCUUGAUACAUUUGAUGCAGCUUAUUUAAAACCUUUGAAUUAAGUGAACAAUAUGUUAUAUAUUUUUCGAAUUUAUUAAAAUAGAUGGCGUGAUAGAAGCUUUAGAGGACUUACACGUAAUGUAAUUGUUUAAAUUCUCGUAAUAUUCUUUUCAAAAAUAAUAGUUAAUGACUUAUGUGACAAUUCAAUGAUAGACAUUUACAUAGAUUUAUAUUCUCAUGUUAUAAUUUAGUAUGAUUAUCUAAUAUUCACAUGAAAAAUAUGAUUUUUACAUUAAAUAAAUAAGAGAAAUAGGACAGUCGUAUUUAAAUAUAAUAAUAAUGUAUAUGAGUCUCUUAAAAAUGGUUAAAGGAAUGUUUCUACCUGAUAAAAACUCUAGUCUGAAUGUACAGGAAGAUACAGGUCAAUUUCUUAUGAUAAAUCAAGUUAAAUGACUUAAUUUUAUUAAAUAGCUUUUAUAAUAGAAGUUCUUUUACAAUAGAAAUCUAUAAUUUGAAAAUAUACUACUAGAUAUGAUACAAGAGAAAUGAAUUAAAGUAAAUUUAUAUAUAUGUAUAUUUCUUUUAAAAUCGUUAGAUUAUUGAAAUAUCCCUUUAAAUUUUUUUAAUGAAAUCCAAAUAAAUGAAAUUUAUCUUAUAUCUAUUACAUAUAUCAAUAUCAAUAUCAAUUCAAUGAAUCAAGCCUAGACAUAUACAAUCAUCCUUUUAUUAAACUGUAUUUACUGAAAAAUGUAAUUGUAAAGUUAUGAAUAAAUGUGGUUAAUUAUUAUA